AUCACUCGCUGAGAUGGAGAGGACGAGACUUCUCAUCACGCUCAUGUUUUUCCUGUUUUAUCAGAAAAGCAGUUUUGGAGAAGAAGUGGAGAUGAAAGUCAGACCAGGAGAAAACAUCACUCUCUUCUGUGAUCGCUCUCUAAGUCUUGGUUCAUUCAUUGUAUGGAUAAGAAACUGCUCUCACGAAAAUCAACCCACUUUCAUAAUAGAUUCAAGACAAUGGGACCUGGAGGCCUUUCAGCGAUUCAGUUUCAUCCACAACCCCUAUAAUAAUUCUCUUGAUCUACAUAUUACUAAUGUCACCGUCUCUGAUCUGGGACUGUACUACUGUGCGGAAGUAGAGAAUAAGGUAAAUGAAGAUAAUAAAGGCAUCAUCUCCUCAUCUAAAGUGUACUAUUAUGGAAACCAAACAACUCGUCUUUCUCUGGAAAGUAAGAAAAAAGCUAAAUGCUCUGCACCUCCUGACUGUGUGCUCUGCUGGAUGCUGUUGUUCAGUGUGUGUCCGGUGUGUGUUCUCCUCUCCUCACUCCUGUCCUCCAUCUGUGUUUACUGCUACUGUUCAGCUCAGACCUCAGGUUCUUCAGAUCUACUCACAGCAGAUGUUAUUAAGUGGGAUCUAAUGGAGAAACAUCAGUGUGAUUUGAGGAAGACUGGAAACAUCUGCCUCCACACUGAAGUCUCUUAUAGACUGCUAACAUCUGAACAUCCCUACGCCAAGAUGUGAUUCUACCUGCUCGAUUUAUACAACUGUAUUUAUUUCUUUGAUACUGACACUUGUCCUUGUUGAACUCAUACUGUCUUUUUGUGGGCACAGUGGGCCAAGGCCAUACCAUACCAAACAUACCAGUGUGUGCUUUGCUUUUACACGGUUUGCUUUUUGUUUCUUUGUGUAUUUAUAUUUUGGGCUCUGUGUAGCUGUAUUAUUGUAUUAUUGUAUAAUUGUUUUCUAUUUUGUAAUAAAUCCAUCGAUUUGAAAUCC